UAGAAUCUAACUUUGUUUUCUUUCAACUUCUAGUUCUUUUGCACUUUUUGAAAGUAAACUUCCCUGUUGGUCAGAUGCAUGAAUCAGCUGAUUGCUUUGCCACCAUGAAGGCCUGGAAAAUAUUUCUAUUUUUCUUCAUUUUGUCCCAGAGUUCAACACUAGAAGAGGACACAGUGGCAGCAGACAUCAGUAGACAUCAGCUGAAACGUUUAGAGGAGAUGCUGACAGCCAAGGAGUGUGAGGACCUCCUGUCUCUCCUGUCCAGCCCAGAAGAGAACAUCUUCCAGCAUAUCGAUCGACUCUCACCAGAAAAUAACCAACUAGAUGUCCGACUUCGAGCUAAGAGACAUGUCUUCUCCUCUGCUGCAGACGGUGAGACGCAGUGCCACACGGCCCUGACAGACUGGCUGCUGAAGUACGGAGAGAAGACCUACUACGACAGGCUUUCUCGCGCCUUGCAGCACAUCGGCAGGACAGACAUCGCCAUUGAAGUGGGGAAGAACAUCAACCAGGACAAAACCUUGAGCCUGAAACGCUACGUUGAGGACUACCACACAUAUGUGAACUCUUUAAACCUCCAGUCGGAGAAUACGGACUCAAAGAAACGCCAGCGCGAACGUCGAAUCGAGAAAUUAAAACUGAGGGAUCUGACGUGGCGGGACCUGGAUCUGAUCGUAGAGCGAGCUCCGGUCCCACUGUACCCCAAGGGGCCUUGGGACGUGGCCGGGCCACUUUUCUACGGCGUCCUGCUGGGAUUCGGAGGAACCCUGCUCGCAUGUGUGUUUCUGUUUCUUCUCAUCGCUCACCUUCCUCAAAGAGAGCAGCAGUGCAGUCGCCCCAGCGGGAGGAAGCUGGGGGACAGGGAGAUGGGUGACGAAGCUUCCGGGAUGUAAAUGAGUCUUAAACGUUCAUUCAUUUCAAUUUCAGAAAAUAAAAAAGCAUAAAACCGA